AUGUCGCGAUUGCUGGCACACAGCAUUUCCAUAGGCGUGUGUUUCAGAGACAUCAGCCAGUCUGAGGGCGGAAUCCUCAAUGAACAGCAGCUGUCGAUGUUUGACCGUUCAACGCAGUACGUCGAGCAGUACAAGAUGCUCCAGCCCGGAAUGGAGGAGGAGACCAAGCUUUUUGAGGAGCGCGUUGGCGAGCACCUGAAGAAGGUAUCAAAGCAGAUAAAAAACGCCAACAAGGCCAUCAAAGAACGCCACUACGCGAGCAUGGACUACGAGAAAUACCAGCAGGAGGCCCGGAAGCUCGCAGACAAGCCGGAAUUGAGUCUAAAGGAGCACAAGCGCAAGUUUGAGGUUCAGAAAAGACUCGACGAGGCCAAGCUCAAGUACGACCUUCUGAACAACAAACUAAAAAUGGAGCUGCCCCUGUUCAUGCUGAUCAUCAAGCAGAUCAUGAGCCAGGUGUUUGUGAUGACCUAUUUUGCUACUUUUACGACAUUCCACAACCUGUACGGCACGUGUGCGUCUCUGUCGAGCGAGUUCAAGAUCGACCUUGAGGCGCUGCAGUACGACACAGACAUGGAGAACAUGCGGCGAAGCUUCGCCGCCGCCCAGGAGCAUGCCGUCGACUCUAUCGAGCAGUUGUCUGUGGUGAACUUCCACCAGAUCUCGCUCAACAAGCUGCAGAUGAAGGUCCUCGAGACUACGGCUCCCGCAGAGACGUGCGUUGCCAUGUUCAGUUUUGACGCUUCGCAGCCCGACGACCUGAGUUUCCGCGAGGGCGACCGCAUCAAGAUCCUGGACAGAAGCAACCCAGGGUGGUGGCGCGGCAUGAAACUCUCCGACGGCACCACGGCGCGGGCCGUGGUACACUUUGUACCUGUACGUGAAGUAGUACACCAGAGACAGAAUCCACACUCCGCACGUGAUCACGACCGUGUAGUUCAUGGUAUCCUUCUUGACCUCCUUAGCGGACGGGAACAUGCACAGGACGAUGAUGAACGCUCCCCAGGCGCAGGUUAUCCAGCCGACGAGCUUCGAGUAGAAGUCGCCCAGGUAGAACGCCCCAGGCCGGAACAGGUGUUUUCCGCUCGUGAGCUUCAAGAAAACGGGCAUGCACCACGCCAGAUAAUUUCCUGCCACGCCGAGCGAAAACAGAGCAUUCGAGGCGGUGGAGCCGGCCAGACACAGGCAGCCGAUGAGCCAGCCGACGAGAGACGAAAACACCACUGCUCUGAUCGGCACCUUGAGCUUCCUGUGCACCACCUUGACGAUGCUUGCGAAUGGCAGGCCGUCGUCCCGGGCAAAAGCCCAGACCUGCCGCGAGAGGGCCGUCAAGAUGGAGGAGCCCAUGAGCCACUGGCAGACGGCCAUGAGCGACAUGAACGCGAUGGCCCAUCUGCGUCCGAGCGAGUCGUAGAUGAUCUGGGCCAUCGGGAAGCCCGUGUCGGUAGAGAGCACGGCCUCGACGUCUUGGCUCAUACAGGCCGUCAGACAGAUGAUGAUGAACCAGCCCACGACGCCGCACACGCCGAUCGAGCCCAUGAUCCCGAUCGGCACUCCGUACGUGGCGUUUCUGGCCUCCUCGGACAUGUGGACGCAGGAGUCGAACGCACCGAUGGUCCAGACGGCCGACAUGAAGGAGAGACAGAACUGCCACCCGAUCGGCCAAUCAGAGUAGUUCUGCACGGUGCCGAAGAUGAACUUGCCGUCGUUGAAGCUCGAGUUGAUCGACGUUCCGAUCGGGAGCGCAAUCAGAAACAGCACGAUGAUGCCCGUGUUGCACACCAUCGACGUGGUCUGCAGCCACGCGAUGUGCUUCGAGCUAAAGCAGGUGCACAGGGCCUGUGUGAAGACGCAUGCAGCAAAAACGCCGUAUGUUUUUCCUGUGGUUAUCUCGAAAUUUCCAUUUUUCGUAAGGUACACUGCUGCCAAGAUUUCCUCUGCGUUUCCGUACCCGAUACUCACGAGCCCGGCGCAGAGGGCAAGCGAGUUCGACAGGCCAAUCAGGUACGAGAGCGGGACCUUGAUGCGUUUUGGCGCAUAGUGGUACGUCCAGAAGUAGAGCCCGCCGCUCGUGGGGAUGGCCGACGCCAGCUCGCUCAUAGACACUCCAAGCAGGAAGAUGAACACCGCCGCGAUCAGCCAGGACCACAGAAAACCGCUGGGUCCUGCGGUGAGCCCCGUGCCCGUGACCGACGCGAUCGACGGUAG